AUGUCAUUCGAAGCAGCCUCUAAUAACUUUGUACAAUGGCUCCAGAGGUCAGGAGUAGCAAUCUCCGAAAGUGUAGUAGUGUCAGAUCUUAGAUCUGAGAACCAAGGUCGUGGUUUAGUGGCUACUGCACCAAUUUCUGAAAAUGAGCUUCUUUUUCUGAUUCCAAGAACAGUUGUCUUCAGCUUGAGCAACUGCUCAUUCAAAGCAGACCAUCCUGAAAAACACAAUGAGUUGUAUGAGUUGGGCCAAUGGGAGGCGUUGAUGGUAGUUUUGGCGUAUGAAUUAAGGAAGCCAGACUCACAAUGGAGACCGUACUUUGAAGUACUUCCUAUAAGAGGUGAAAUCGAGAAAUCCUCCAACCAAUUAAUGUUCUGGACAGAUUCGGAGAUAGAAACCUUAAAGCCGUCAUUAGUAGUAGAGAGAAUUGGGAAAGAUGCAACAGAUAAGCUUUAUCAGGAUCUUUUUGAUGGUCUUGUUAUGUCAUGGGAUAUUCCAGAGUUCAGAUCAUUUACGAAAAAGGACUUUUACGAGGUUGGCGCUAUAAUCAUGUCAUAUUCGUUCGAUGUUGAAGAAGACGAGCAAAAUGAGGAAGAGGAUCACGAAGAAGAGGAGGAUUCCAACGAAGAUGAAGAGGAAGAAGGAGAGGAUCAUUAUGUGGGAGAAGAUGAGCAUGAUGUGGGAGAAGAGGAGCAUGCUAGUGGAGAUGAAAAAGUUGAAGAACUUAUUGCCAACCCUGUGUCAAAUGAUUCGUACCUUAAGUCUAUGGUACCUUUAGCGGAUACGUUAAACGCCGACACUCAUUUGCAUAACGCCAGCUUAUCCUAUGAGGGAAGCAUGCUAGUGAUGAAGGCUACCAAAGCAAUAAAGAAAGGAGAUCAGAUCUACAACACCUAUUCUAAUCAUCCUAAUAGUGAGAUCCUCAGAAGGUAUGGAUAUGUUGAGUACGAUAGUUCGGCUUAUGACUUUGGGGAAGUGCCUCUUUCCACAGUGAAGGAGUAUUUCAAUAAACAAUUGAAGUCCAAACCUCCACUUGAUACUCUUCUUGAGAUCCUUUCUACUAUUCAUGAUGAUGAACAACAAGAUGAUGACGAAGAACCCACAGACUUGAUUGUGGAGUCUUAUGACUGCUAUUCUAAUCAAGAGGUGAUUAUGGAGCUUACGUUCUUGAUUCAGAUACUCACCAUACUAGUAGCCAUCAAUAAGGAUACUCCAUUCCGGAAGAUGACCAAAACUGAAGUGCAUUCCACUAUCAAAAGGUGCUACCAUAAAUGCUAUCAGUUGAUUGAGUCGCACAAGUUGACCAAAGACUACCUAAAGAACUACAAGGCUAUUCUUGAGCAGAGGAUUGCCCAAUAUCCUCAGGAAGAGGCCGUCGAAGUAGAUCGAGGUUUGAAUAGAAGCCAAAUGGCUAGAGUUGUUCUUCACUCCGAACGUCAAUCGUUACGUAAAUGUCUUGAUACUGACGUGGUUUAUAAGGACUAUGAACUUAUUGACGAUGGUAAACUCAUUAGAAACAUCAAUAAGAGAGCCAUGCAAGCCAAAGAAACUCAAUCUUCCAAGAGAAAGAAGGUCGAAAAGAAAUAG